CCUUGCUUGAGCAAAGGAAGAAGAUAUCCCUAAUGCAGAGCUUUUUGAAAGAUACCGCUUGGAUACAAAUUUUAAUACUUGAGAACAGUCCCUUUGUCCUCCAGAUGCAUGAGUGUCCUUCUGGCAACUUCAAGCUUUUGGCAGCAAAGAAGAUGAAGUUAUUUUGCAGCCAUGAUAACAUUCAGUCGUCAGCAGAUUCAUAAAGCAUUUUCUGUUUGAGUUUGCAGUACCUCCACUGAUACUGAGAAGUGUUAAUUACCAAAAUAUCCACACUUUUCUGAAAUAAUUCGAACUCAGUCUUAAGUCUGUCUUACAGUGAAAAAUCUGUUUCCCAAAGCAGAUUUCUGUCUGUACUUUCAGAAAUGCUAUAUACACCCAUGAGUUGCAUGUUUUUUGUAUAUAUAUUUAUUUUCUGUAAAAUAUUGAGAUUUUUCAUCUUAUUAAAUUGUUGGAACAAGAGCUUGAAGAUGGAUUUAAUUUUUUGGCUGAUGGCGUCAUGCGUUUCAGAGGGAGAGAUUGUGCUCUUUUGGAUUAAAGUCAUGUCUACCUUGCCAGUCAGUCUUUUAGAGCAAUUGCUGGCAGUGAUGUUUUUUUUUGACAGGCCUGUAUUUGUGUUAGCAGAAGUGGUCAUUUGAGAUGUUUCCGCUGUUGUUAGCUUUGUUUAUCUGUGCCCCCCAGCUGCAGAGAAAGAGACACAUAGGCAACGACAUUGUGGCCAUCGUGUUCCAGGAGGAAAAUACGCCCUUUGUACCAGACAUGAUCCAGUCCAACUUCCUGCAUGCAUAUGUGGUGGUGCAGGUGGAAAAUGCAUGUACAGACAAUGUCACCUACAAGGUUUCUGUGACAGCAAGAGAUGAUGUACCCUUCUUUGGGCCUGCUUUGCCUGACCCUGCCAUCUUCAAAAAGGGCCCUGAGUUUUAUGAGUUCCUCUUCACUAAACUCAUUAAUGCAGAAUACGCCUGCUACAAGGCUGAGAAGUUUGCCAAGUUAGAGGAGCGAACUCGUUCGGCACUUUUGGAAACACUAUAUGAGGAGCUGCACAUAAACAGUCAGUCCAUGAUGGGUCUGGGUGGCGACGAAGAUAAGCUGGAGAAUGGGGGUGGAGGAGGUGGAGGAGGAGGCUUCUUUGAAUCAUUCAAGCGGGUCAUCCGCAGCAGAAGCCAAUCUAUGGACGCCAUGGGCCUCAGUAACAAGAAGUCACACACAGUCUCCACUAGUCACAGUGGCAGCUUUACCCACAAUCCCGCAGAGAGUCCCAAAACCCCAGGGAUUGUAAGUAGCCCAUUUUGGUUCACACGUUGCCCACCUAACACUUAGAUUCAGGGUAUAGUAUACUCGCAGAGCAGUGGGUUCACGUACAAAAUAAAUUAACCACUAUUCUUUCUCGUAAGAAGCACUUUGGGAAAUUACUCAUGUUGGCACAUUGGAGCACUUUACUUUGAUCAGUAUGUUAACAUCAAACACUCACUUUCAUUCCCUAGAUUUUAAAUUCACUGCUGCUUUUACUAAAUCAGAUUUCACUAAUCAGCCUUUUUCCAAGUACAGUUCAUAGUGUUCAUGUUAAUACCUUUUUUUAUUUGGAAAAUUAACAGAAGCGCUCAUUCGCCAUUUGUCAUUCAUCCUCAUCUGUUUAAAGAAUCGUUAUCUUCACAAAGAGUGACAGACUUCUAGGACAAUGUUAUAAAAUAAUGUCAGCUGUGGAAUUAACCCAGUGAUUUUCUUAUCGGUAUAUAUAGAUGAAUGAUUGCUUGUGAGCCCCAGUCUAGUCUCUAUUCCAAGUUGUGA